AUGAAAAGGAACAUUAUAUUCUUCUUUUAUUUGGCAUGUUGUUUACUUCCGCAUCUGUGGUGUACGUCUAUUUUUUGCAACUAUGGGGAAUAUUUUAAAAAUAACAAAUGCUAUCCUUGUCCAGAAAACACAUAUACAAGUCACAGAAAUUCUGAAAGUUGUUUUAGUUGUCCCGCGGGUAGCUUUAAUAAUAAGAGAUCUUCAAAGUUCAUUUAUGACUGUUCAUGUGACAACAGUUUCUAUUUAAAUUAUGUUGGUAAUAGGUGUGAUAAGUGCUCUGACUUAGGUAGUAAUUUUUAUUGUAAAAAGAAUUUAUCCGAAUUACAUGUAGACAAUUUCGAAUCUUUUUUUAAACAUAAGAAUGAUAUCACCUUUAACUAUUUUGAUAGCUGUGUUGUGAAAGAAGACAAAACUAAUGUGUAUCCUUUUAUGAAUAAUAUAUAUAUAUACUGUAAAAAUCCCAAUGUUUGCUUGGAUGCAUGUGGUAGGUGCUCAGAAAAUCAUGAAGGAUUUAUGUGUAAUAAUUGUGUACAAAAUUAUCAUAAAAACAUAUAUUUAAAGUAUUCUAUAUGCAGGAAAUGCUAUCAUAUUAUAUUUAUUGUAUUCUUCAUCGGAAUUUAUUUUUUUUUAUCAUUGUUUUUUUUUUUGAUUCUAUUUAAGUGCAUAAAUGUCAGUCUUUACUUUUACCAUUUGGGUAUCUAUAAAAAAGGAACCAUUUAUUUUCUGCAUUAUUUUCGUGAAUUCGUAUUUUAUUUAUCCCUCAUUUUGUUACUGAGUUUUUCAAAUGAUUUAACAGAAAAUGAACGAGAAAAUUACACAUUUUAUGAAAGGGAACAAACAGAGGGAUCCCAACAACUGCACAGUGGAAAUAUAAAGAAUCAUUAUUUUAUGAAUAUUUAUAUGCACAACGUUUUUUUUGAUAUAAUUAAAAUUAUUUAUUUGAAUUUUCUUCAUUUUAUUAAAUUGGAUUGCCUCUAUUCAGGUAAAAACUAUUCUAAGUUACAUUUCACACAAAUCACUUUCUUUGUGAGCAUUGUCAUUAUGUUUAUUUUUUUCACAUUCAUAUGUAAUUUGAUUUUUUUGUGUGGACGAAAAUGUAGAAUAAGAAUAGGAGUAGACAAUGAGGAUAGGAAUGCAAAAGAAAAAAACGAAUCUAUGAAUAAGGGAAAAAGGGUGAAAAAUAAAAAGAAUAUGGCUCGAAAUUUUAUGGACACCUUUAUAUAUCCUCUACUUUUGCAUAAUUUUACUUUUCAAAAUUAUGUUAAUAUGACAAUUUUUUACGAUAACGAUAUUAUAGAAUUUUUAAAAAUAUCCAUUAAAAUAUGUUAUUAUCAAUAUAUACAAAUAACUUUAUAUAUAGCUAAUUCGAUGAUUAUGUUUAUUUUUCUCUCUUCCUACAUGUGUAUCGGUUUGUUUAAUUACAGCAUGUCUUAUUAUGACACUGCAACGUUAUGUUAUAAUAAUUUGCAUUUAAAAAUUGUUACAUUUAUGGGUAUACCAAUAAUUUCUUGUAUUUGUUUUAUUUACUACAUCAUUCUUUUUAUCUCUAUUUAUUUAACACCUGCAGAUUUGAAACAAAAUUAUACCUACAAAUAUACCUACGGGUUGCAUACAUUUUUAUGUAAACAAGAAAAGUACUACUAUUAUAUGAUUAAAAUUUUGUUCAUUAAUAUUUUGUUUUUAUUUAUAAUGCGCAUGGAUGAUCACUUGAACUGUCUUACUUUUUUAUCCUUUGGGUUUCUUUUUUUGAUUUUUUUUUCUAUUUUCGUUAAUCCAUAUAUUGAGACAGAAAUGUACAAUAUAAAAUUGGAGAAUUUUUGUUUUAUGUUUUUAUUUUUUUUUAACCUACAAUUGGAGCAAAUAAGAUUAGUAACAUACCACAUAUUGUUAAGAAUUAUUCUUUCCUUUAUUACUAUGUUUAUAUAUACAUUUAUAUUGCUGUAUUAUGUGUAUUUUAUGUUGAAAGAUGUGUAUCUAUAUUUUACUCUUUAUAUAAAAUACAUAAACAGAAAAAAUGAAAGUAUAAAGGAAAAUACAGUAGCUUCGAUCUAUUCAUCUGUGGGACAAUUCUAUUUCUUUUAUUAUUUGAAAGAAAAAAUGAAUGAGAAUAUUAUCCAUAUAGAUCAGAAUCAAAAUAUAUUGUCAGGAGAAGAAAUCCACUCAAAUGUUUUAGAGAAUUACCACGUUGAGAAACAUUGUAAAGUUAUGUCCAAAAAGGAUAUGGAUUAUAUUUACAACCAAUGUGUGUUGAUAUCUCCUUUCAUCCCCGAAACUAUAGUUCAGUUAUUAUUCAUCACGAAAAAUAUAAAUCAUAUAAUUCGUUUGAAAAGGAACAACUCGAAUGUUAAAAUAUACAACUUCCUAUUUGAGCACGGUUACAUAGAAAUUCAAAAAACUCCCGUGGACAGGUUUGUAACAGUCGCAGCACAUAUUUAUCAAUACUCAUUCAAGGGAAAUUACAUCUUAUUCAGAGCAGAAAUGAUACGAUUGUUCACUGAUUUGGUUCGAUAUCUCAAAUGUUUUAAAGAUGUGUAUAUACGGGAAUGUGUUGCCAAUCGAAUCAGAAAAAAAUAUAAAAUAGGUGAAAUUCAAAAACAAAAAGUAAAAUAUGAUGAAAAUUAUGAACAGAAACAUAUUAACACAUUUUUGUACAAACUCCGGGGAUCUGAUAAAAAUGUGGAUGAUAGACAUCAAGCAUUUUCUAAGCUAUUUCCAAAUGCAGGCAAUGCUGUACUUAAAAAAGUGUACAGGAAAAACAAAAAAAGGGAUGAAUAUCAAAAUUAA